AUUGAUCAUUGAUCUGAGCCGGCGGGCAGCGGCAGCUCAGCAGAUGUUACAUAAGCAGCUGUUUGUCUGUUUGUGUCGGAGGGAAACGAGUGGAAGAGACGAGCAGGAGGCAGCUCUGAGCACUUCUACUUCACCACAGGACGUCUCCUCCUCCUCCUCUCACCGCGGAGAUGCCGGGGACUCUUCCCAGGUUUCCCACCGUGCCGGCGCUCCUCAGCUCCCUGCCCAGAGGAGUCAGCCCCCCCAGUCUGCCCAGAGGCAUCACCAUGCCCAGCCUGCCCACCUUACCCAGCCUGCCCCGGGGGGUGUCGCUGCCGAGGGCCGUCGCCAUGCCGACCGUCUCCCAGGCUCCUCGGAGGCUGCUGCAGGACUGCUGCUCCGUGCUGGACCAUCAGACGCCCGGAGGUCUGUGCGGCUGCUGCUGGGCGCUGCGUCCUCGCUACAAACGGCUGGUGGACAAUAUUUUCCCCGAGGACCCAGAGGAUGGUCUGGUGAAAGCCAACAUGGAGAAGCUGACGUUCUUCGCUCUGUCGGCUCCGGAGAAACUGGACCGGAUCGCCGCGUACCUAUCAGAGCGUCUGACCAGAGAGCUGAACCGCCACCGCUACGGGUAUGUGUGUAUAGCGAUGGAGGCGUUGGAGCAGCUGCUGCUGGCCUGUCACUGUCAGAGCAUCAACCUGCUGGUGGAGAGCUUCCUCAGUACGCUGCGUCUGCUGCUGGAGGCCGACAAACCACACCUCCACAUCCUCGCCACCAACUCUUUUGUGAAGUUUGCGAACAUCGAGGAGGACACGCCGUCGUACCAUCGCAGCUACGACUUCUUCGUGUCUCGCUUCAGUGAGAUGUGCCACUCCGAGCACGAAGACGCCGACAUCCAGAACAAGAUCCGUGUGUCGGGGAUCCGCGGUCUGCAGGGCGUGGUCAGGAAGACGGUGGACGACGAGCUCCAGGUGAACAUCUGGGAGCCUCGUCACAUGGAGCAGAUUGUCCCCGCCCUGCUGGUCAACCUGCAGCAGCACACACAAGCCAACAGUGAGUCUCCAGCAGAGCAGACCGAGGUGUGUUUCCGGGAGCUGCUGGGCCGAGCUGCCUACGGACACAUUACCAACGCCAUCAGACCUGUGCUCAUGCACCUGGACAGUCACAGUCUUUGGGAAGGACGGAGUUUUGCUGUUCGAUGUUUUCAGAUCAUCAUGUACUCUAUCCAGUCCCAACAUUCCCACCUGGUGAUCCAGCAGCUGCUGGGUCACCUGGACGCCAACAGCCGGAGUCCAGCUUCAGUCAGAGCCGGGAUCAUGGAGGUCCUGUCUGAGGCUGCUGUUAUAGAAGCUACGGGGUCUGUAGGUCCCACCGUCCUCGAAGUCUUCAACACGUUACUGCGGCAGCUCAGGCAGAGUGUCGACUACCAGCUGACCGGUUACUAUGACAACGCAGGAAAACACAAAACCACGUCGACGGAGGAGAAGACUCUGCAGGACGCCGUCAUCAAGACCAUCGGAUCCUUCGCCAACACACUUCCUGUCUACCAGAGGUCAGAGGUCAUGCUGUUCAUCAUGGGGAAGAUCCCUGUGCCUGGGAUCUACCCCGCCCUGGGGUCACCCAACGCCGGGUUUGAAGGCAGCAGGAUGAUCCAGGUGAUGCUGCUCAAGUCUCUCCUCCAGGUGUCGGAGCGUUACGAGAGCAGUAACCUGCUGACGGCGCUGCCCUCCUCCUUCCUGGAGCCGCUGCUCUCCUUCACUCUGAUGGAGGAGCCCGAGAUCCGCCUGCUGGUCCUCUCCAUCCUCACCUCGCUCAUCGACCGGCGCCACAACGCCGCCAGGCUCAACGCAGCCAGGAGUCUGACGGCGUUCGACGUGUCAGCGUUGGAGCUGAAGGAGGACGGAUGCUCCCGACAGGACAACCUGUUCAUGAGGAAGCACGCUCAGCGUCUCUACAGACACGUCUACCUCACCUGCCGGGAGGAGAGCAGCGGGCCGGCCCACUACCAGGCUCUCUUCACCCUGCUGGCCGUCCUGACCGUGGAGCUGGCCAGCGAGGAGGUGGUGGUGGACCUGAUCCGGCUGGUGCUGGCCCUGCAGGAGCUGGCGUCGUCCGCUCAGGAGAGUCUGUCGGUGUUUAACCGCUGCGGCGUUCACGCCGUCUGCGCCGCCUUCCUCCACCUGCUGUCCCAGCUCGGCCCGCCGCCACCGCUGCAGCAGCACGUCGCACAGGUCGUAGAGAGUCGGCGUCAGGACGCUCCACACCUGCUGCCUGAAGACGUCCUCUGUGACGAACCCAGGCUGCCUGAAGGCGAGCUGAAGGUGGACCAGUCCCUCCUGUUCGUCCAAUCAAAGAUCUGCGAGGCUCUGACAGGAAGCAGCUACAGCGCACACGCCGAGCGCUUCAACACGCCGUACACGCCUCAGCUGACAGAUGAAGAUCGACUGUCAAAGAGGAAGAGCAUCGGAGACACCGUGUCCCUGCAGAUGGACAUGGACCCUCAGUACUGUCCUGAUACACACCAGAAACCUCAGACGGAGCAGAUCACCUUUGAGACGCUGAAGAACGCCAUCGAGGACAGAGGGGGUGUGGAGGAGGAGGAGAGGAGGAGGAGGAUGGAGGUGGUGGAGAGGUUUCAGACGGCUCCGUUCGAGGAGAUCGCCGCUCACUGUGGAUCCCGGACGUCCCUGCUUCAGUCCAAACUGGAUCAGGUCUUCGAUCUGAUCAUUCGUCCUCCUCCGUCUCCGUCCGGACACUCGCCGCCUCGCUCCACGCCGCUCUACGAGAUGAAGUUUCCCGACCUGUGCGUCUAUUAGACACUUUCUGUGCUUAGAAAUGUGACGAGUUAGGAGAGGAGACAAGGAGGUAGGGAAGGAGACAAGGAGGUCACGUCAGUAUUAAAUGAAUAUAUGUAACAUGAGGAUUUUAUUGUUAGCUCCAUGUUUGUGUUUAAAUGAUGAUUCCUGUUAAAUGUGACUUUCUGCUCUAAUAAAAUCCUGAUAGA